UAGUCUGGAGGAGGGAUGGCUCUGAUCUCCCUCCUGCUGCUUCUCAAUCAGGGAAACCAAGUCAGGAGCGCAGUGCUGCCAGGGUGCUGCAGAUUCCUUGGGUUUGGGAGAAUGGAAGCAUGCUUGGUUAGACGGUGUAUCCUUAGACGGUGUAUUCUUUGACGGUGUAUUCUUGAACAUUUGCUUUCUCAUGAAGUGUAAGUGGCCCUGUGCAGUUCACAUCUAAUUAUUUAUUGAGCUAAUUUUCAAACUUGUCAUGCUGGGUUUGGUCUGGGGAAUUCCUGAGUAGACAGCUGACCCCAGGGACCAGCCGAGAUGCCGCGCCAAUUCCCCAAGCUGAACAUCUCUGAAGUGGACGAGCAAGUCCGACUUCUGGCCGAGAAGGUGUUUGCUAAGGUGCUCCGAGAAGAGGACAGCAAAGAUGCCCUGUCCCUCUUCACCGUCCCCGAGGACUGCCCCAUCGGGCAGAAGGAAGCCAAGGAGAGGGAGCUGCAGAAGGAGCUGGCAGAGCAGAAGUCUGCAGAGACCGCGAAAAGAAAGAAAAGUUUCAAGAUGAUUCGGUCCCAGUCCCUGUCUCUGCAAAUGCCAACACAGCAAGAUUGGAAGGGUCCCCCGACAGCCAGCCCGGCCAUGUCUCCCACAACCCCUGUGCCCACUGGAGCCACUUCCCAGCCCACGCCAGCACCCUAUACCAUGCCCGAGUUCCAGCGAGUCACCAUCAGCGGAGAUUACUGUGCUGGGAUCACCGUGGAGGACUAUGAGCAGGCUGCCAAGAGCCUGGCAAAGGCCCUGAUGAUCCGGGAGAAGUACGCGCGGCUCGCCUACCACCGCUUUCCGCGGACCACGGCCCGGUAUCUGGGUCAUCCGCAGACUGACACGGCCCCUCCGGAAGAGGGCCUCCCAGACUUCCACCCUCCCCCACUGCCCCAGGAAGACCCUUACUGCCUGCAUGAUGCACCCCCCAACCUGGGCUACUUGGUCCGCAUGCAGGGGGGCAUCCUCUUCGUGUAUGAUGACCAGAAGAUGCUGGAGCGCCAGGAGCCCCACAGCCUGCCCUACCCUGACCUGGAGACCUACACAGUGGACAUGAGCCACAUCCUGGCUCUCAUCACCGAUGGCCCCACGAAAACCUAUUGUCACCGGCGACUGAACUUUCUGGAAUCCAAGUUCAGCCUUCAUGAGAUGUUAAAUGAAAUGUCUGAGUUCAAAGAAUUGAAGAGUAACCCCCACCGAGACUUCUAUAACGUGAGAAAGGUGGACACGCACAUCCACGCGGCGGCCUGCAUGAACCAGAAGCACUUGCUGCGCUUCAUCAAGCACACGUACCAGACGGAGCCUGACCGCACCGUGGCCGUGAAGCAGGGCCGGAAGAUCACCCUGCGGCAGGUGUUCGACAGCCUGCACAUGGACCCCUACGACCUCACUGUGGAUUCGCUGGACGUCCAUGCAGGCCGGCAGACAUUCCAUCGCUUUGACAAGUUCAAUUCCAAGUACAACCCUGUGGGGGCCAGCGAGCUGCGUGACCUGUAUUUGAAAACUGAAAACUACCUGGGAGGAGAGUACUUUGCUCGGAUGGUCAAGGAGGUGGCCCGGGAGCUGGAGGAGAGCAAGUACCAGUACUCAGAGCCACGACUGUCCAUCUAUGGCCGCAGUCCCGAGGAGUGGCCCAACCUGGCCCGCUGGUUCAUUCAGCACAAGGUCUACUCACCCAACAUGCGCUGGAUCAUCCAGGUGCCCCGGAUCUAUGACAUAUUUAGGGCAAAGAAGCUGCUGCCAAACUUUGGGAAGAUGCUGGAGAACAUCUUUCUGCCCCUUUUCCAGGCCACUAUCAACCCCCAAGAUCAUCGAGAGCUUCACCUCUUCCUUAAAUAUGUGACGGGGUUCGACAGCGUGGAUGAUGAGUCCAAGCAUAGCGACCACAUGUUCUCAGACAAGAGCCCCAGUCCAGACAUCUGGACCAGCGAGCAGAACCCACCCUACAGCUACUACCUGUACUACAUGUAUGCCAACAUCAUGGUGCUGAACAACCUCCGCAGGGAGCGAGGCCUGAGCACGUUCCUGUUCCGGCCUCACUGUGGGGAGGCUGGCUCCAUCACCCACCUGGUGUCUGCUUUCCUAACUGCGGACAACAUUUCCCACGGGCUGCUCCUCAAGAAGAGUCCGGUAUUGCAGUAUCUCUACUACCUUGCUCAGAUCCCCAUUGCCAUGUCUCCUCUUAGCAACAACAGUCUGUUCCUUGAAUAUUCCAAGAACCCUCUGAGGGAAUUCCUGCACAAGGGACUGCAUGUUUCUCUCUCCACCGAUGACCCCAUGCAGUUCCACUACACGAAGGAAGCACUUAUGGAAGAAUAUGCCAUUGCAGCUCAAGUGUGGAAGCUGAGCACGUGCGACCUGUGCGAGAUCGCCAGGAACAGCGUGCUGCAGAGCGGCCUCUCACAUCAGGAAAAGCAAAAGUUUUUGGGACAAAAUUAUUAUAAAGAAGGACCUGAAGGAAAUGAUAUUCGAAAGACAAAUGUUGCUCAGAUCCGGAUGGCAUUCCGAUACGAGACCUUAUGCAAUGAGCUCAGCUUCCUGUCUGAUGCCAUGAAAUCAGAAGAGAUCACAGCCCUGAUCAAAUAAGUUCAGCACUUGACAUGCAUUUUAACUUUCUGGUUUAAUUUCAAGUCUGCUGUGGCUAACAGUGACCAAACUAGGACUUUCCUCUGUGAAGAGGAUCCUCUGAAGAAAUGUCAAACUAGUGAUUUUGGUUGCACUGUUCACUUUAAGAUCUAACAUGCCCACUUCCGUUAAUAUUUCUGUGUAAUAGAUGGUGAAUUCUCCUUGGGGACCUGGGAGCUAGGCACUUGUCUGUUCUUAUUCCUAAUUUUCUAAAUAUUUCUCUUGAAACCUCCAGUACUUGAAUUGUUGGGGCCAGGAUCUUCCAUGUUCAAGUGCCAAGUGACAUGAGGUCUGUGUGGCUUCUGCCACGCUCCUCUCUGUAGGCCCUGCAGGCUAACUAGUAGUUGUUCAUUUCAGCCUCUGGCUGACUGGUUGCCUUAAAAUCAGUUUUGAAGCUCCCUUUCAUAAAGGGGCUACUUUGAGAAAAUUAAAAUAGAAAAUCCCUUCUUGACAAUUUACAUUUUUUAUGAAAUUCUUGAACUGUUUUAUUCAGCUUCCCUCCCUCUUUUCUAGUUGGGAAGUGAAAUGUACUCAUUAAACCGGUCACUCCUAUUCUGAAUCUUGGUUUCCUUCUCUAGAAAGUGAGGGUUUGGACUAGAUGAGUGGUUUUCAAAGGGUGUUCUGUGAAUCCUCCUUGUGGACCACUUCACAGUGGUGGAGGGAAGGGCGUGAGUGAGAUUCUGGAGACUGUCAAAGUGACUCUCCUUUUCUAAGUUUUACAUUGGAGCUGCUACAUAUUUUCAUUUGAACUAAGGACUUUGAAAAGCACAGCACUAGAUGAUCUCUGUUCUGUUGGCUCUAACAUUCUAUAAUUGUAGCCGAAUUAACAUUUUACCCAGGAAGAGUUAGGACCAGAGAAGUCAAAUUUGCUUAAGGUCACACACCUAAUAAAUAAUAGGACAAGAGCUAGUUUUCCUUAUUCCUAACCCAGUCCUUUCACCACUAUUCCAAUAAGCCUCACAAAUGUUAAUUUUUCUUUUUAAAUCAUCGUAACCCGGGGCAUUUUUUUUUUAAGACAAAAUUUCUCCCUUAUUAACACGAAGACUUCUUCAGAAGAUAUAGUGGUCCCAGGGGCCAGGUAGAAGUCAUUUUUUAAGACCAAUCUGAAUUUAAGCUUUACCAAUGUACUCUUCAUCUGUGUUACUAGUGCCUGGUAUGUAGUAGGUGCUCAGUAAAUGUAUAUUGAACAA